AUGAUUUUAUUUUGUUAUACAUUUUGAAUGAUAUAAACGUAACCUUCGGGCGUUAAAAUCUCAAAAUUAAUUGGUAACUUUGAGAUUUUGUAAUGUAAUGGACGUUUCUAAAAAUCGACAGAGAUACAAACAUUAUACAUGCCUGUGCUUUUCAGUAAUGGGACAAAGAAGAUUUAGAGUUUCGAUGGGUGUCCUUAUUGCUCCUCCGGAAGCAGGAGAUGCGUCAAUUAACAUCAUACCACAAAUGAAGAAAUAUUCUGCUAUUCCUGGAAAAUCUUCUAAGAGUUUGGUUCCUGCAGUGUCAGAAAGAAAUGUUACUAAUCGAAGUGCUUUAAUGAUUGCAUCCAACUAUGAUUCUACCAAUAAUAUAAACAAAGAUACACAUAGACACACAGUUUUAAUGGAUGAUAAUAUGUUUGAUAAGAUGAGCAAUUCUACAAUUCAUAAUAGUUGUCAAUUCCCUUACUACAGGAGUAAUAAAAGCGAUAAAUGUGCUGAUGCAGUUUUGGUAAAAGACAUAGGUGUAUCAUGUAAGCUUCUAAAUCAAAAUACCUCUAAAAUGAGUCUUCCUGAAACAAGAAUUCUUGUUAAGCAUCUAAAAAAAGAAUAUAAUGAUUUGACUAGCAUUACAAAUAAAAUAACAGCAUACACAAAAGACAUAUUGAGCCAUUUAUCAAAGAAAAAUCAAAGAAAGCACCCGCUUCUUAAAGAUUUGAUAGCUUCAAAACAUGCAAUAGCAUCUCAGUAUGUGGACACCAAAGGUAAUCUCUGUUUGAAAUUGAGACUUUUUAAUAAUGCUGAGACUCAAUGCACUGCUCAGCAAGUUGUUGAGGAUUCUGAUAAUAUACUGUGCAAAAGUGAAUAUGUUACAAAGGAAUCCCACAGUAAAAAUUGUAAAUAUUACAAUUAUCUUAUACCAAAUUUAAACAAAAACAAAAAUUUGUUUAAUUUAAUUAAAACUACAUGCAAUAUAUACUAUAUAGCAAAAAAUCAAAUGUUAGAUAAAAAUGUGGCAAAACGUGAAGAUAAUAGUAACAUAAAAUCGAAACAUGAAAAAGAUAGCCAAACUUUAACUAAUAAAAAAAACGCGGAAACAAGUACUCCAAAUUCAACGUCGUCCAGUAUUUCUUCAAUUUAUAAUUAUCUAACGAUGAGGAAGAAAAAAACAUCAAACGAAUCCUUAAACACCAAAUAUGUAACAUUCAAUGACGUACAUAAAAAUAACAAAUUAAGAAAAAUCAAUAAUAAUAAAGAUUGCAUGCAUCAGUUAGAAUUCAAAAGACAUUGCCCGGCAAUAUUUACUAAUUGGAAAGAAAUUUCAAACUCGAAACAGUCUAAAAAUAAAUCAUUAUCCACUUUUUCUACUGAAGCGCAGCAAACGGUUGGUUUAAUAAUAUAUGUAUAUGCUUUGAAGACAAAAUUUAUACUGUGA